ACUGUCCAUUAUCUCCCAUUUGUGCAGGCUUGGGGCAUGCAUUUAUUUGUAUUGAUUAAACAUUCUACCACCUGUAUCAUCUAACUUAGAAUCAAAUUGCCGUCGCAAGUAAAAGAUGGCAUCCAUGGUUAGAGUAUGCCAAAUAAUAUAAGAAGAAAAAAAUUGUCAUUUUCUAUUUGCUUUUUUCCUUUGUCUUUUCAGCUCUUAAUGACCAAGUCUUUUCUUCAAUUACUAUAACACAAUCUCUUAACUUUCUAAAUAUAAAAGCUUUUAAUCUUCUUAUUUAUGUAUGCAUAAGGUGAAGAAAGUUUCAAAUUGGAACAAUGUGGUUUAAGGUCCUUCUUCACCUUGCUUUUUGCAUGGCUUUGUUUGAGUCAACAACUUCUCUUAAUCAAAGCAGUUUCCCAGAAGAUUUUGUUUUUGGAACAGCAUCUUCAGCUUACCAGUAUGAAGGUGCUGCAUUUGAAGGUGGCAGAGGUCCAAGCAUAUGGGACACCUUCACUCAUAAGUACCCAGAUCGAAUAGCAGACCAUAGUAAUGGUGAUGUUGCCACUGAUUCAUACCAUCGUUACAAGGAAGACAUAGGCAUGAUGAAGGAUAUUGGAUUUCAAGCUUAUAGGUUUUCCAUUUCUUGGUCCCGAAUAUUACCUAGUGGAAACUUCAAGGGAGGAGUUAACCAAGAGGGAAUCACAUACUACAACAAUCUCAUCAAUGAACUUAUAUCAAAUGGACUACAACCUUAUAUAACUUUAUUUCACUGGGAUCUUCCACAAGCUCUUGAAGAUGAAUAUGGAGGUUUCUUGAGUCCUAAAAUUGUGCAAGAUUAUGCAUAUUAUGCAGAACUAUGCUUCAGUGAAUUUGGUGACAGGGUUAAGCAUUGGAUUACAUUGAAUGAACCAUUGAUGUAUAGUCUCCAAGGUUAUGCUAAUGGCCAGUUUCCACCAGCAAGAUGUUCAAAAUGGAUAUCACCAAAUUGUAGUGUUGGUGAUUCUAGUACUGAGCCUUACAUAGUUACACACCACCAGAUUCUUGCUCAUGCUACAGCAGUAAAAAUCUACAGGGAGAAGUACCAGAUUUCACAAAAUGGUCAAAUUGGGAUAUCACUAAAUGCUCCAUGGUUUGUGCCACUAUCCCAAUCAAAAACAGACAUAGAAGCAGCAUAUCGAGCCCUUGCUUUUAUCUAUGAUUGGUUCAUGGAACCGUUAUACGCAGGCACAUAUCCUGCUGUGAUGGUUAACAAAGUUGGGAAACGUUUGCCAAAGUUUUCAAGAAAGGAAUACUUGAUGGUUAAAGGGUCCUAUGAUUUUAUAGGGUUGAACUAUUACACUGCAUAUUAUGUUGAAAAUGUUCCUUGUCAAAGAGAAAAUCAAACUAUGUUAACAGACUCUUGCACUAAUUAUACUCCUAUAAGAAAUGGAGUUCCUAUUGGUCCUAAGGGUGCCUCAGAUUGGCUCUACAUUUAUCCUCCAGGGAUUCAAGAUUUAUUAGAAUACACCAAGGAGAAGUUUAAUGAUCCAAUUAUUUACAUAACCGAAAAUGGAGUUGAUGAGGUUAAUGAUGGUACAAAAUCGUUUGAUGACAAAUUGAGAAUAUACUAUAUUGGUCAACACCUUUUGUACAUUCAAAGGGCCAUAAGGAAUGGUGUAAAUGUGAAGGGUUACUUUGCAUGGUCAUUUUUGGACAAUUUUGAGUGGACUAAUGGUUAUACUGUUCGUUUUGGAAUAAUAUAUGUGGAUUUCAAGAAUGGACUAAAAAGAUAUCAUAAAAGAUCAGCUUUGUGGUUCAAAACUUUUCUUCAUCAAUGAACUUGCCCUUAGCAUUAAAGAGGAUUCAAGAGAAAAUAGAUAUGAAUCAAGUGCUCCAUUCUUGAUCAAAGUUAUAUUUGGAUUUGUGUUAUUAAGCAAUGAUAUAUACUUCGAUGGUUCAUUGAAUUGGCCAAGAAUAAAUUUUAUUGUUAUGUGUGA